AAGACGCCUCAACUGUUUUGAAAUUAACUCACGCGGCUCUGUCCACCACUGCCUCCAGCGUGAGUCACAUGGCGAAGUCUAGCACGACCUUCACAGACUUGCAGGCUACUGAGAUAGACCUGCAGCGGCUCCCCAAGCCGGGCCCCCUGGGCGGGAGGAAAGCCAGGGAAGGGCCCCACCAUCCUCACAAGAAGCUCCAGGUGAUGGUGUGCGUCCUCUUGGCCGAGCUGUGCGAGAGGUUCACCUUCUUCGGGAUCGUCUGCAACAUGAUCCUCUUCUGCACCGUCAGGCUGGGUUACGACAACUACCAGGCGGCCACCAUGAACCUGGCAUUCGUGGGCGGUAGCACUCUCACGCCGGUGUUCGUGGGCUGGUUUGCCGAGACAUGCCUUGGGAGGACCAAAGUCCUGUACCUCUGUGCUCUCCUGCACUUCUUUGGCACUGCCAUGCUCCCCGUGGUGGCCUUCCCCUUCGAGGAUUUCUACGUGGACACCCACCAUGUCACGCACGCCCUGGCUCGCCGGCACCAGCUCAUCCUCUUCUACACAGGGCUGCUGGCCGCUGCCCUGGGCCUGGGGGGUAUCCGUGCCGUCCUCUGCCCGCUGGGCGCCUACAACCUGCAGGGCCGUGACCAACACCAGCUACGCUCCUUCUUCAACUGGUUCUACUGGUGGGUGAAUCUGAACUCGACUGUGGUGUUUCUGGGGAUCGCUUACAUCCAGCAGUCCAUCGCUAAGAACCUGGGCUUCCUCAUCCCAUUCACCUCCAUCUUGCUGGCCCUCAUCGCCAUUCACAUGGCGCGCAACAACCUCACCUUCUGCCCCAAAAAUGGUGGCUCCCUGCUCACCACGAUGGGCGUGUUCCUCAACUCGCUGAAGAUGUGCUGCCUGCGCUACCGGCACUUGGGCGGCGACGUGGCAGACUGGCUGGACCGCGCCAAGGAGAACAACGGGGGGCGCUACAGCGAGGCACAUGUGGAGAGCGUCAAGGUCCUGGUGCGACUUUUCCCGCUGUUUGGCCUGCAGCUGCUGUACCGCGCCUGCGUCACCCAGAUCCCCUCUAGUUACUACAUCCAGACCAUGAACUCCAACCUGAACCUGAAGGGCAACCUGCUGCCCAUUGCAGCCCUGAACGUUGCGGGCAUGGUGCCCGUUUUGGUGCUGACACCCCUGCUGGAGUGCGUCGCCGCCUGCUCCCUGUCGCUGCGCGGGAGGCCGCCCCCUGCCGCCACCACACUCAUAGUGGCCGGACAUGCAUGUGCUGCCGUGUCCGUGCUGGUGGCAGGUCUCUCGGAGCUCUGCAGGAAGGGCCAUCCCCUGGUGGAGCAGGCGCUCUUGGGCAAGGUGCUGCACGUCUCCUCCAUGGCCUGCUUCCAGCUGGCACCCCAGUACAUCUUGCUGGGGGUCGCCGAGGUUCUGGUCACACCUGCCUGCUCGCUCGUCUCCUUCUCCCUGCCCCCCGGCAGCGUGCGCGGGAUCUCCCUGCACUUGCUGGCGCUCUCCUACGGGGGGGGCUGCUUCCUGGGGGCGCUCAUUAUCCAGCUGCUCUACCUGCUCUCUGGGGGUAACUUCUACCCAAAUGACCUGAGUGACGGCAACCUGGAGCGGUUCUUCUUUCUGCUGGCCGCCCUGAUGACCGUAAACACGCUGGUCUUCUGGAGGAUCUCCCACAGGUACCAGGACCUCAGCAAGGAGCUGGUCCGGGACAUCAGCAGCAGCAGCCACCUGGACGAGAAGCUGCAGUUGCAUAAGAGCUGCUUGCGUUUCUAUGACACCGUGGAGUGGUCCUACACCAUGGAGACGACCUUGUGAUGCUGUAUGGUGUCUCGACAUCGUACACCUGUACAUAUUUACUUUGUACAGUUAAGCUUAUAUGUGUAAAUAUCAUACAUUUCUGUAAAUAGCUUUUAUACCUCGUGUCCUGUAUAUGCAUUGUUUUACUUCUCGGGAAUAAAAGGUAUUUAAAUCCAA